UUUAUAAACUUACUUGAUACAGAUAAUUCAUUCGUUGGAAUGAAUCAUUUCCAUGAACUUUUUUUAAUCUAUUCCCAUCUUUCUUUUCAGGCUCUUGUGAAGCCAUUGCUUCCGUUGGGUAUAAAAAAAGUAUAAAAUUGGAACUACAUAAACAGACGACUUUAUUAAAAGUACAAAAACUAUUUGUUCCUCCUUAUUCAAGGGACCGAUGUUAUUUUAUAUAAUGAGUAUGUGUUAGGCAAGAAUUGGAUUUAACAUUUUAAUAAAACUACUUUAUUUUAAGCCUAAGGUUUUUUUAAAGAAAAACAAAUUCUACCACCUCGCUAGAACAGCUGAAUCUGACAGAUAGACAUUGUAAACACAACACGUUUAGAAAUGACAGUUAAUGUAAGCUGUCAAAAAAAAAUAUCGCUUAAAAUUAUAAGAAACACGAUUAGAAAUGAAUACUAAAACUAAAGCUAAAUGAUGUUAUUUUGAAGCUCUUUUACUGAAGCCUUAAUUUCUUAUAAUUUAAAUAAAACAAGAAAAACAUAUUCAAUUUACUUGCUUCUGGACGAAUAUAAUCGUUCCAGAUGCAAUAAAAAACAGAUAGUGUACAAAAUGUUGCCGGACAUUUGAAAAAAGUGAUGCUAUAUAUACCUUAAUUGACCUAUACUAUAAGUUAAAAAGAAAGAGCAAUACAUUUUCAAUAUUGACUUGCGUUAAAAAUCGGAAUUGUAACCUGGGAUUGGUAUCGGAACGUUUCUGUUGAUUUCAUUUAUAUUAGUUAAACGAAAAGUCCCGACUUUUAAAUUUCCAAAAAUAUUUUUAUUAUUUCUAAUCACUUGAUCGUAAAAUUAUCUAAUAAGACUUCUCACAAAUUUCUCAAACAGCCAAACAUAUUUUUAUUUAAAAGUAGGAGAAAUUGAAGCCGUGAUAAAAAAACGUCCUUUUUUGACCCUUAUUAGAAUUAAAAAAUUGCGCUAUGUUAGCAAGAAAACCUUUGUUUUUAUCGCGAUUAAUUCAUAAAAGACGAUGUUCUCGAUGUUAUACAGAACAAUCAGGCGUUGGGGAGGUCGACAUACCAUUUUCUAAAGGGACAUCUUUGAAUAUAAAAUCGGGCCAGUAUGCAAGGUUUGCGGACGGUGCCUGUGUGGCGACGCUGGGGAACACUGCUAUACUCUCCACAGUGGUAUCCAGAGCCAAACAAAGUUCUUCAUCAUUCCUGCCUCUAGUAGUUGAUUAUAGACAAAAAGCCGCAGCCGCUGGACGAAUACCAACCAAUUUUCUUAGAAGAGAAUUAGGUCCUACGGAACGUGAGAUUCUGACGUCACGCCUCAUUGAUCGCUCCCUGCGACCGCUAUUCCCACAAAAUUAUUUCUUUGACACUCAGAUUGUGUGUAACAUGCUUGCGGUAGACUCCACAAACCCUCCAGAAACUGUUGCUAUAAAUGCUGCUAGCGCAGCUUUAGCAUUGUCCGAUGUGCCUUGGAAUGGACCUAUUGGAGCUGUCAGAAUAGGACAAAUUGACAAUGAAGUGAUAAUCAAUCCAACUCGCAAGGACCUAGAGAAGUCUAUCUUAAACCUGGUGGUAGCUGCUACUAACAGGAACCUGGUCGUGAUGAUGGAGGGCAGUGCACAGGAUAUACUGCAACAAGACCUGCUGAAAGCCAUCAAAUUAGGUACAAAAGAAGCCCAGCUCAUAGUCCGAGGCAUUGAGAAACUGCAGAAGAGUCAUGGCAAGAUGAAGCGAGAGUACGAGACUCCACCUCCACUGCACCAGGAUAUAGUGGACGCUGUCAGCACACUGUCUUCUAUGAAGAUUCGAGAAAUACUCAGCGAUUACUCCCACGAUAAGAUUUCAAGAGACAACGCGAUAUCAGAACUCAGACAGAUGGUAUUAAACCAACUGCGGGAGACGGAGGUCGAUGUCACACUGUUACAGGACUGCUUCAACGCCAACCUCAAGCGCAUAUUUCGUGACAUGAUAUUCGAGACUGAUAUACGGUGUGAUGGACGGCACUUGGAUGACCUUCGGCAGAUUAGUUGUCAGGUUUCUCUAUACGAGCCGUUGCAUGGUAGCGCAGUGUUUCAACGUGGACAGACGCAAGUUCUAUGCACAGUUGCGUUCGAUUCACCAGAGAGCGCACUCAAGAUGGACACUCUUACUAUGCUUACUAGUGGCAUAAAAGAGAAGAGUUUCUUCCUUCACUACGAGUUCCCAUCAUACGCGACGGGGGAGGUAGGUCGGACCGGAGCCCCAGGGCGCCGCGAGGCGGGUCAUGGAGCCCUAGCUGAGCGAGGGUUACUCCCCGUCGUGCCACACCAGCCCUACACUGUCAGAUUGACUGCUGAAGUACUGGAAUCUAAUGGUUCGAGUUCAAUGGCGUCAGUAUGUGGUGGUUCCCUAGCACUGAUGGACGCCGGGGUAGCCUUGUCAGCUCCUGCCGCAGGAGUUGCCAUCGGACUGGUCUCCCGGCCCGAUGAACAGGGACAAAUCGAGGACUACAGGAUUCUUACUGAUUUGUUAGGUAUAGAAGAUUACAUGGGUGACAUGGAUUUCAAAGUGGCCGGUACUAAGAAAGGAGUGACGGCCCUACAGGCCGACGUCAAAGUACCCGGGCUACCGCUCAAGAUCGUCAUGGAGUCCAUACAGAAAGCCUGCGACGCUAAAAGCAAGAUUAUCGAUAUAAUGAACCAGUGUAUCGAUAAACCCAGACAAGGCCACAAAGAGAACAUGCCAGUUAUCGAAGAGAUGGAGGUAGAAGUUCACAAGAGACCAAAAUUGCUUGGCAUGGGAGGCGCCAAUCUUAAGAAAUUGUACCUUGAAACUGGUGUACAGGUGACACCAAUAGACGACGUAAAGUACAGCAUAUUCGCGCCCUCACAAGCGGCGAUGGACGAGGCCCACAGUCGUAUCCAAGGGUGGUUGACCUCACAGAAAACUCCUGAACUGGAGUUUGGUGCUAUUUACAAAGCCAGGGUGGUAGAGGUGAAGGAUAUUGGGGUACUGGUCACUUUGUACUCCGGUAUGACGCCCGCGCUAGUACAUAACAGCCAACUCGACCAUAGGAAGAUAAUGCACCCCUCCGUGCUUGGGCUCGACGUAGGGUCAGAGAUUCAAGUGAAAUACUUCGGACGCGACCCAGUCUCCGGGCAGGUGAGACUAUCCAGGAAGGUGCUAAGCUCCCCGCCACCAGGCGUCGUCAAAAAACUAGAUAAAGCGUAAACCACUGUGAUAUUUUAGGUUAUUAUUGUUAUUAGAAAAAAAAUAAGGCUACCGUUUUUUUUUUCUGAUAAGACCUUUCUUUUCGUCCAAUAAAGAAUUGGGUAAACACAACAUGCCGCGGGAUUGUGUCUUAUAUCGUCAUAUUUGUGUAGCACAUUUAGUUCAGAAAAUAAUUUACAAAUAAUACUUAUUUUUUUAUAUCGUAAAAUCAACAAAUAGGGUGUUUUCCAACAACAAAGGAAAUAUCAGAAACAACAAUUUACUAUGAAAUUUGUUUUGGCUAAACCACCCAACGAAAAUGUGUUUGUAUAUGCAAUGUAUUAUUUGAUUGACAAGUCCAAAUAAUUAUAAUUUUUGACGGAAAUAAGCCAGUGUUCAAUUUUGAACAGCUACAGUGAUUGGACGAAGUAGAUCAGCGCCAUCUAGUGAGCAAAAAGAAACGGUAGCCAACAUUCUGUUAAAAUUGUGUUUGGUCAGGGAUCCGGUCAUAUUACAUUAUUUUGUAAUAUGAGGUUGAAUGUCAAGUAGGUAUAAUGUCAAAUGAUAAGGGUUAUUAUUGUUAAAAUAGUGUUGAAAAAAAAUAUAAAUUUCUGUAAUUUUGCUGUAUUUGCCACCGAUAUUGAACGCUGUUAUGAUUUGUAACUCUAUUUAUCUUAUUAUAAAACAAAUUAAUAUGUACAUUCACUUCAAUACGUUUCGCAAUUCUAAGUUUCAGAAUCCGUUAUGGGUAAAAAUCACAUCCGGAUUAAAUGUUCGUAUACUUUGUUGUUUUAAUUGGUCAGUGUGUGAGUGAGUUAUUUGUAACUAAGAAAUCAAAAUUUUAACUAAAAAGGCUGACAACGCACUUGUGACACUGGCGUUGCAAAUGUUCAUGGGCGGCGUCGAUUGCUUGCC